UCUGACCCCAGCGUCUCUUCCUUCACAUCAGCGCUUUUCCUUCUCUCCUGCUCCCAGUCUGGACACACACCUGCUGUCUGUGUUGCUUCAUAGGCUCUUAACAUCUGUAUUCUCCUCCAAGCCUGUAGAAGAUGUGUUCACUGGACUUGGGUCCAGGUUGGGGAGGACCCCAGAGCCAGAAGGAGUGAGAACCCUGACCUCUAACCCCACUGCAUCCAGCCAAUAGGAGCCCAGCUGCCAUGGCGGAGCUGCAGGAGGUGCAGAUCACAGAGGAGAAGCCGCUGCUGCCCGGACAGACCCCCGAGGUGGCCAAGGAGGCUGAGUUAGCGGCCCGAAUCCUCCUGGACCAGGGACAGACUCAUUCUGUGGAGACACCUUAUGGAUCUGUCACUUUCACCGUCUAUGGCACACCCAAACCCAAACGCCCGGCCAUUCUCACCUACCAUGAUGUGGGACUCAACUAUAAGUCCUGCUUCCAGCCGCUGUUUCGAUUUGGGGAUAUGCAGGAAAUCAUUCAGAACUUCGUGCGUGUUCAUGUGGAUGCCCCUGGAAUGGAAGAGGGGGCGCCUGUGUUCCCUUUGGGAUAUCAGUACCCGUCUCUGGACCAGCUUGCUGACAUGAUCCCUUGCAUUCUGCAGUACUUAAAUUUCUCCACAAUCAUUGGAGUUGGUGUUGGAGCUGGUGCCUAUAUCCUGUCAAGAUAUGCUCUUAAUCACCCAGAUACAGUCGAGGGUCUUGUCCUGAUCAACAUUGACCCCAAUGCCAAGGGUUGGAUGGACUGGGCAGCCCACAAGCUAACGGGCCUCACCUCAUCCAUUUCUGAGAUGAUCCUUGGCCAUCUUUUCAGCCAGGAAGAGAUGUCUGGCAAUUCUGAGUUGAUACAGAAAUAUAGAAAUAUCAUCACACAUGCACCCAACCUGGAGAACAUUGAACUGUACUGGAACAGCUAUAACAACCGCCGAGACCUGAACUUUGAGCGUGGAGGUGAUGUCACCCUCAAGUGCCCUGUGAUGCUGGUAGUAGGAGACCAAGCACCCCAUGAAGAUGCAGUGGUGGAAUGUAACUCAAAACUGGACCCCACCCAGACCUCUUUUCUCAAGAUGGCCGACUCUGGAGGUCAGCCCCAGCUGACUCAGCCAGGCAAACUGACUGAGGCCUUCAAGUACUUUCUGCAAGGCAUGGGCUACAUGGCCUCAUCCUGCAUGACUCGCCUGUCCCGGUCCCGCACCGCCUCCCUGACCAGCGCAGCGUCCAUCGAUGGCAACCGGUCCCGCUCUCGCACCCUGUCACAGAGCAGCGAGUCUGGGACUCUGCCUUCAGCGCCCCCGGGGCACACCAUGGAGGUCUCUUGUUGAGUGGCCCUUGCUGCCCUGGUGUGGGACCUGGCCCUCACCUCCCCCAGCACUAACCUGGGAGGUGCACAGGGCAUCAGGCCAGAGUGAGCAAGGGAGGACAGGAGGAUCGCGUGGGAGAUGACCUUGAUCUUUGAUUGCUACCCUAACCUUGACCUCUAACCUGUGAUUCCCCUCAGCUCCUGGGAGAGAUGUCCUAAUAUCUCUUAGGGACCCAGACCCCUAAAUUACCCUUUCCUCUCAUUUUGGUACUAAGGUGGUGAGGGCGUGUGUCCCUCUCUCUAAUGUAGACAUCCGUAGAGGAGGGAGAAGAGGUAGUUGUAGCUGUCCACAUGCCUCCACCAGACUCAUCCCUGGGGAGAGGGACUUGGGGCUGGGGCUCCAUUCACCAAAGCGGAUGUGAUUGCUGAUUAAUCCUUCGGGUCUCUGAAGGGUGUGGGUCUAAAUGAAUGUGUGUGUUAGAGGAGGCUUGCUGGUGGGUCAGUGGCCCUCAAAAGGUACGUGAAAUGGAAGUUGCAAUGGGAGGUGGUGGACAGCAUAGGAGGGGAGGAUUGAAGUUGGGCCAAUAGGAGGGGCCUGGGGCCAUCGGCUGCACUAACUUUGGUAGCUGUCUAGACGGUGUGUGUCUAGAGUGGGAGGGGGGAGGGAGCCAAGCUGGGGCAGGGCUGCUUGGGGUUUGGCUUAGGGAUGGGAUGGGCUAUCUUGGGCCUCUUACCACGGUGUGUUAUAUGUGGAGGGUGCCUCUCCCUCUCACAACUGCUGUAACAAUAAACUGUAGCAGAAUCUGA